AUGGCGACAAAUUAUUCUGCACAAGAGGUCAUUGAGACCUUGAAUCUCUCCCCACAUCCAGAAAAGGGCUACUACGUCGAGACCUUCCGCGACCGCUAUUCAUUAAACGAUCGCUCGCAUAGCACCUGCAUUUAUUACCUUCUCGAGGGAAAAAGUGGCCUAUCACGAUGGCACCGUGUUGUCGAUGGCGCCGAGGUAUGGCAUUACUACGCUGGCGCCCCUCUGCAACUAUCACUAUCCUGGAAUGAUGGGAAACCUAAACGGGAUAUAAUUCUGGGGAUUGAUUUGAAAAAAGGCCAACGGCCACAAGCUAUCGUUGAGCGUGGAGAGUGGCAGCAUGCGAAAUGUCUAGGUGACUGGACACUCGUGGGGUGUACGGUGGCACCGGCCUUCUUGUUCGAGUCGUUUGAGAUGGCUGAAGAGGGAUGGGAGCCCCACUCAGCCACAAAUGUGAAGUAG